CUUGGGCUUGCAUCUUUGUGUUUUAAGCUCAAGAGGUCCAUCUGGAAAUGGAGAGUUGCAGAGGUUUGUUCUUUACCUUUUGCUUGUUUUUGCUUGCUUUACUGGCAGGAUGUGAAAGUCUACCGCCUCAAAAGAAGGGAAAUUGCAGCUAUGCAAUUACAAUAGAAACAACAUGUACAAAGGGAGCAGAAACCUCAAAUCAUGUUAGACUGAGAUUUGGUGAUUCAAAAUCUAAUGACAUUGUAGUGCACCACCUGAACAACAAGCACAUAAGAAAGUUGGAUCCAUUGCAACCUGAGGUGCUUGAUGAUAUGCCAAGGAAACCAUUCCAAGCUUGCAUGGUAGACCAAUUUCAAGUCACAGGGCAAUGUGUGGAGUCACCAGUUUGCUACCUGUAUCUAAAAUUGGCUGGAACAGAUGAUUGGCGACCAGGUUUUGCUCAAGUUAGGGUUUUGGAGAGGUCUCAUCUUAGCUCAGAUUAUUUCUAUUUCCGUCGGUACCUGCCUAGGCAUGUGUGGCAUGGUUCUGAUGUGUGUGACAAAGAGGUCACUCCUUUUGGGAUCAAACAUAAAAGGAAGGUCUUUGUAGAGAAGCCAGCUAAUUAAAUAAAUAAAUGGUCCAAUAAUUAUGAGGUUUAA